UUGGUAUAUUUGGUCAUUGGUGCACCAAUUGCACCAAUUGGUGAAAUUGCACCAACUACACCAAUUGGUGAAUUCCACCAUCCACCAAUUCCACCAAUGGUUAAAAUUGCGCCAACUGCACCAAUCACACCAAUUUCCAAUUAUUGGUGCAAUUGGUGUGAUUGGUGCACUAUCACCAUGUCCACCAAUCACCAUCCAAUAUUCACCAUCUAA